AUGACCAGGUCCUCUAAGGGCAUACCAAUUGACCUAGACCUUGAAAUAGAAAGGACCCUUAGGAAGCAAAGGAAGGCUAGAGAGUUAGAGCUUCGGAUACCUGAUAAUCCUCCUGCCUCUUCUGCCACUGCUAUUCCUUCUGUUUCUAUACCUACCCCUGACUUCCGCACAAUGGCAGAAUUGGCUGCCCCUGAUGUGCACUACCAGUCUUUAUGCAUUCAAUAUCCCCAAUUGGAUGCAACCUUUGAAUUGAAAUCUGGGCUAAUCCAUUUGCUUCCCAAGUUUCAUGGCCUUGCAGGUGAAGAUCCGCACAAGCACCUCAAAGAAUUCCAUGUUGUCUGCUCCACAAUGAGGCCACAAGGAGUUGAUGAGGAGCAGAUAAAACUUAGGGCCUUCCCAUUUUCAUUGGAUGGAGCUGCAAAGGAUUGGUUAUACUACCUACCACCUGCUGCCAUCACAAGUUGGGAUGGGCUAAAAAGGAUCUUUUUGGAGAAGUUCUUUCCAGCAUCCCGAACAGCCGCCAUUCGAAAAGAAAUUUGUGGCAUAAGGCAGAAUCAUGGGGAGACAUUACAUGAAUAUUGGGAGCGAUUCAAGAAACUCUGUUCUAGUUGUCCACACCAUCAAAUCAGUGACCAGCUGCUGGUCCAAUACUUCUAUGAAGGUCUUAUUCCAAUGGAUAGGUAUUUGGUGGAUGCAGCUAGUGGAGGAGCCCUCUCUGAAAAGACACCAGCAGCUGCUCAAGAGCUAAUCUCCAAGAUGGCACAGAAUGCCCAACAAUUUGGUACCAGGUCAGCCACUCCCAUGAGACAAGCCAAUGAGAUUGGUGUUGCUGCCAUCAAUGACCAACAGAGAAUAGAGAACAAACUGGAGGAAUUGGCCUCCAUGGUCAGACAGCUAGCCCUUGAUAAAGGACAGUCCAAAUCUCAGCAGGUAUGUGGUAUUUGCUCAUUAUCCUCCCAUGGUACUGACCAAUGUCCUCAACUGCAGGAGAAUACAGAAGCUUGUGCUGGCAUUUUUCCAGGAAGACCCUUCCAGCCACAGCAUCAUCAGCAACAAAGAUAUGAUCCAUAUGCUGCCACCUAUAAUCCAGGGUGGAGAGAUCAUCCGAAUUUGAGGUAUGGAGGUCCUUCCAACCAGCCAUUCCAGCCACAGCAACAGCAACCUCAGCAGCACAGAUUCAAUGCACAAAGACCAAGUCAAUCAAUGCAGCAACCCCAACCAGCUCCUAAAUCCGAAUCAAGCUUGGAAGAUAUCAUGAAGCAGCUCGUUGCCAACAAUCUUCAGUUUCAGCAAAGGACCGACACUGCCAUACAAAAUUUGGAGACACAGAUUGGACAGCUGGCAACCAACAUCAGUGAGCUACGGAGUCAAGGUUCGGGUCAGUUGCCUUCACAACCAGUUUCAAAUCCAAGGGGCAAUGUAAGUGCUAUCGUUCUCCGCAGUGGCAAAGAGUUAAGCAGCCCACCCUCUCCACAACCAGAACUUGGGCAGCAAUAAGAAAGCCAAAGGGAAGAUCAACCUCCUCCCAUUCAAAAGGACAAGCAGCCCACCACUAUUGAUCAAGAUAGAGGAGAGACUUCUUACAACCAUCCACUGCCAUUUCCUCACCGAGCCACUCAAAAUAAAAAGAGGGCAGAAGCUGAGUUGGACAAGGAGAUAAUGGAAACUUUCAAAAAAGUUGAGGUGAACAUACCACUCUUGGAGGCCAUCAGACAGAUUCCCAAGUAUGCCAAGUUUCUCAAAGACUUGUGCACCCACAAAAGGAAACUGAAAGGAAAUGAAAAAAUCAACUUGGGAAGAAAUGUGUCAGCAUUGAUUCAACCUGCCAUGCCUCAGAAAUGCAAAGAUCCAGGGACUUUCACCAUUCCUUGCACUAUUGGAAAUUUGCAAUUUCAUAAUGCUAUGUUGGAUUUAGGAGCCUCUAUUAAUGUGAUGCCUAAAUCUGUAUAUUCUUCUUUGCAGGCAGGUGCAGGCACAUUGACAUCUACAGGAGUGGUGGUCCAGUUGGCAAAUAGGAGCACAGCAUACCCUGAGGGAGUAUUAGAGGAUGUAUUAGUAAAGGUAAAGGAUUUCAUAUUCCCUGCUGACUUCUAUGUUUUGAAUAUGGAGGAUGAUCGCACACCCGGACACGCACCACUCAUUCUAGGUAGACCCUUCUUGAAAACUGCAAGGACAAUAAUUAAUGUGCAUGAGGGUACUUUAUCUAUGGAGUUCGCUGGUAACACAAUUCAAUUCAAUAUCAUUGAUGCCAUGAAGUAUCCCUUAGAAGAUCAUUCUGCCUUGCAUGUUAACUUUAUUGACUUAAUGGUGGAGAAAGCAUGUGUUGAGUUGUAUAGUCUUGAGUCUGAAUUCCCCACCAUCCAUGAUUUUACUGAUGAUAUGCAUUGCCCUCAGUCUCAUGACAGACUCAGUAAGUGUAAUGCUUGUUCUGAAAUAGAUGAGUUUUUGAGUAUUGUUGAUAGUGCACCUUCUCAUACUAUAUCCGAUUCUCAUGUGCCUCCCAUAGAGGAAGUUUCUGUUGUUGAGAAUGUAGUGCAGGUAGGUGGCAACAUAAGCAGACUGGUGCCUUCAAUUCAACAGCCACCCACCUUGGAGUGUAAGCCCCUGCCCGAGAAUCUGAAGUACGCCUACUUGGCGGAUGGAGACAAGCUACCCGUGAUCAUCGCCGACAACCUUCAGCCUGACCAAGAGGAGAAGUUGCUGAAUCUGUUGAAGCAACAUAAGAGAGCCAUAGGUUGGUCACUUGCAGACAUUCCCGGUAUAUCCCCUUCCUUAUGCAUGCACAGGAUUCAUUUAGAGGAAGGAGCUCGACCAGUGAGACAGCCCCAGAGGAGACUCAAUCCCACCAUUCUAGAUGUGGUCAAGAAAGAGGUAAGUAAACUACUUUCGGCUGGCAUUAUUUAUCCUAUCUCUGACAGCCAGUGGGUGAGUCCAGUGCAGGUAGUUCCGAAGAAGACAGGAUUCACAGUGGUAGCCAAUGAGAGGAAUGAGCUAGUGCCCAUGCGAGUGCAGAACAGCUGGAGAGUCUGCAUUGACUAUAGGAGGCUCAACCAAGCUACCAGGAAGGAUCAUUUCCCACUCCCAUUCAUUGAUCAGAUGCUAGAGAGGUUAGCUGGAAAGUCCCAUUACUGCUUCCUUGAUGGUUUCUCUGGUUAUUUUCAGAUUUGCAUAGCACCAGAGGAUCAGGAGAAGACCACCUUCACCUGCCCCUUUGGCACUUUUGCAUACCGGAGGAUGCCAUUUGGUCUAUGUAAUGCCCCAGGUACGUUCCAGCGAUGCAUGGUGAGUAUAUUUUCAGAUUUACUUGAGCAUUGCAUGGAAGUUUUCAUGGAUGAUUUUUCCGUCUAUGGAACCUCCUUUGAUGAGUGUCUGAUCAGUUUGGGUAGAGUCCUAGAGAGAUGUGUUGAGAAGAAUCUUGUCCUAAAUUUUGAAAAAUGUCAUUUCAUGGUUGAGCAGGGGAUUGUUUUGGGUCAUGUUGUGUCCAAGAGGGGUAUAGAGGUUGAUAAGUCCAAGGUCGAUAUCAUUUCUUCUUUGCCUUACCCCGCGUCUGUGCGGGAGGUACGUUCUUUCCUUGGACAUGCAGGAUUCUACAAGAGAUUCAUCCAAGACUUCAGCAAGAUUGCCCUUCCAAUGUCCAACCUGCUUCAGAAGGAUGUGGAAUUCAAAUUUGAUGAGUCUUGCAAGAUGGCCUUUGAGGAGCUCAAGAGGCGCUUGACUUCUCCACCCAUCAUCCAGCCACCCAAUUGGGACUUGCCAUUCGAGCUCAUGUGUGAUGCUUCCAAUUAUGCAGUUGGUGCCGUCCUUUCACAACGAGUGGAGAAGAAGUCACACGUCAUUGCUUAUGCCUCGCGCACUCUGGACAACGCCCAAGCAAACUACACCACUACUGAAAAGGAGCUUCUUGCCAUUGUGUUUGCUUUAGAUAAAUUUCGCUCUUAUCUCCUGGGUUCUAAUGUUGUCGUGUUUUCUGACCAUGCAGCUUUGAAAUAUCUCUUGAAGAAGCACGAUGCCAAACCCAGGUUGAUACGGUGGAUGCUCCUGCUUCAAGAGUUCAAUGUUGAGAUCAAAGAUAAGAGUGGAGCUGAGAAUCUUGUGGCUGAUCAUUUGAGCAGGCUUCCUUCCUCUUCAGAUGCCACUACCAUGGACUGUCAGCCUAUCAGAGAUGACUUCCCAGAUGAGUUACUCUAUCACUUGCAUGGUACUGAGCCCUGGUAUGCUGACAUUGUUAAUUUUCUAGCUGCAUCUGAUAUCCCUGCCCAUCUUAAGAGAGAUCAGCUAAGUAAAUUUAAAAGUCAGGUAGAGAUCGAGCAUAAGGCCUAUUGGGCGGUAAAGCAAUGCAACAUGGAUAUGACAGAGGCUGGUUCCCAACGAAAGCUUCAAUUGCAAGAGCUUGAGGAAUUGAGAUUGGAAGCAUACGAGAACUCCAGAAUUUAUAAGGAAAAAACUAAGGCUGCUCAUGACAAAUUCAUCAACAAGAAAGAGUUCGAAGUUGGCCAGAAAGUCCUCCUAUACAACUCCCGUCUAAAACUAAUGCCAGGUUGGAAACUAGCUGCUUGCGGGCUACCGGUCCAAAGCGAGUUAACCAUACUCGGCACUGCUAGAUACAACGCCACGUACCAAGUUUAUGCCAUAAAUCAAGAAGUGAACAUGCCUUCAGUGAGACCAGCAAGCUGCAUCCAAGUGCAAGAGAUAGCCAAAUUCAGCAGUUUUGACAGCAAACUCAGCAAACUCUUAUUCAGCAGUUUUGACAGCCUCCAUGACAGAUAG